CUAAAAACUCUUGUGACCGUAGGAAAUCCAAUUUACAGUAGUAUUAGGUCAAGAGCUGUGCAUUGCUAUAUAUUUCCGUUUACGAGAUCUUUUCGGAUUCUGUUAAUAUAAAUAGGCCACAACUAUCAACAACGACAAGAACGACCACAGCAAGAAGAGCGAUAGUUGGCAUUGUGGAGAGAAAAAGAGACGAGACAGAAACAGAGAUAGAUAUGGGGAGUAGGGUUGAGGAAGAGAGAGGGGGCAACACGAACCCUUUUGAUGAUGGAGAAGGAGAAGGAGGGAACAAGGUUGUUAUGGUCGAGGAAGCUUUCAAAGACACUGUAGUUCCGCCAUGGACGAAGCAAAUAACCUUUAGGGCUAUUGCUACAAGCUUCUUUCUGAGUAUAGUAUUCAACUUUAUCGUUUGUAAGCUUAAUCUCACAACUGGUGUUAUCCCUUCUCUUAAUGUUGCUGCUGGAUUACUGGGUUUUGGUAUCCUUAAGUUUUGGACUACUUUGCUUGGAAAAACUGGUUUCUUGAAGCAGCCUUUUACUAGGCAAGAAAAUACUGUCAUACAAACCUGUGUGGUUGCUUCUUCUGGAAUUGCCUUUAGCAGUGGCACCGCAAGUUACUUAUUGGGUAUGAUUCCAAGGAUAGCUGCUCAAUCAGAUGGAGGAAAUACACCAGCCAAUGUGAAGCAUCUUUCUCUUGGUUGGAUGAUGGCUUUUCUCUUUAUUGUAAGCUUUGUUGGCUUGUUCUCUAUUGUACCCUUGAGAAAGCUGAUGAUCUUGAAGUACAAGCUAACAUACCCUAGUGGGACAGCUACUGCCUACCUUAUCAACAGCUUUCACACCCCCAAAGGUGCCAAAUUGGCCAAGAAGCAAGUUGGUGUCCUUUUCAAAUUCUUUGGAUUCAGCUUUUUCUGGGCCUUUUUCCAGUGGUUUUUCACUGGCGGAGACGGUUGUGGAUUUUCUAGCUUCCCCACUUUUGGUCUUCAAGCCGCGGAUCAAAGGUUCUUCUUUGAUUUCUCAUCAACAUAUGUGGGUGUUGGAAUGAUUUGUCCAUACAUGGUAAAUAUUUCCUUGCUUCUUGGAGCCAUAGUUUCAUGGGGAAUCAUGUGGCCAUUAAUUGAAGCAAAGAAAGGUAUCUGGUUUCCUGACCAUCUACCAGGAAACAGUCUCCAUGGUAUCCAAGGAUAUAGGAUUUUUAUUGCAAUUGCCACAAUGCUUGGUGAUGGCCUUUACCAUGUCAUUUACAUGCUAGCCAAAACCUUGUAUAGCCUGGUACUUCAGAAUUUGAACAAGGAAUCAUCUUCUAUAACUCCAUCAGCUGGUGGUGAGAACACUGAGAUUGUGAACUACGAUGAACAACGAAGAAAAGAAUUCUUUCUAAAAGACCAAAUCCCAACAUGGGUUGCUUUCCUUGGUUACUUUGGCCUUGCAGCCAUUUCCAUAACCACAGUUCCAUUAAUCUUUCAUCAACUAAAGUGGUACCAUGUUCUAGUAGCUUACCUGAUUGCCCCAGUUUUAGCUUUCUGCAAUGCCUACGGAUGCGGUCUCACAGAUUGGUCACUUGCCUCCAACUACGGAAAAUUUGCUAUCAUCAUUUUCAGUGCUUGGGUUGGCCAUGACGGUGGAAUCAUUGCUGGACUUGCAUCAUGUGGUGUGAUGAUGAGUAUUGUUUCAACAGCAUCUGAUUUAAUGCAAGACUUCAAGACCGGAUACCUGACACUCUCUUCUGCUCGUUCUAUGUUCUUUAGCCAAGUUGCGGGAACAGCUAUGGGCUGCUUGAUAACUCCUCUGGUAUUCUGGUUUUUUUAUAAAGCUUACCCCACCAUAGGUGAAAGUGGGACCACCUACCCUGCACCUUAUGGUCAAAUCUACCGUGGGAUUGCUCUUCUUGGCGUAGAGGGUAUCUCUUCCCUUCCCAAAAAUUGCCUCACAUUGUCCAUAUCAUUUUUUGUCGGAGCUAUAGUUGUUAACCUUAUCCGUGACCUGUUACAAAAGUACGAAACCACAUACAGGGUCUACAGGUUUAUUCCAAGCCCAAUGUGCAUGGCAAUCCCAUUUUACAUUGGUGGCUAUUUCGCCAUAGAUAUGUGUGUUGGAAGUUUGAUUCUUUUUAUAUGGGAGAAGUACAACAAGCAAAGGGCAACUGACUUUGGAACUGCAGUGGCAUCUGGCCUGAUUUGUGGUGACUCACUGUGGGGAAUUCCGGCAGCUAUCCUUUCACUUGCCAAUCUUGCUCCUCCUAUUUGCAUGAAGUUCCUUUCUGCUGCUCAAAAUAACAGGGUCGAUCAAUUCUUGAAUAGCUAGCUAUAACUGGUGUCAUAUAUAUGUUUCAUAUUGGCAUUGCACCUUCAGAUCAUUAUUAAUUUUGUUGUCUAGUUGGUUACUAUUUUAUUUGUAAAUAUUGCGAGUCAAAAAGUUUCCCUUCUUUUCUUUACUUAAGGUUGUUUAAAUGUUUCAAGACAGUAGUCGUACACAAU